AUGACCUCGCUUACUUCCAAUUUCGCACCGCCGGCACGGCUGACAUAUCUCGGGAUUUCCGCUAUAAUUCGGAGACAGCUCAGCCAUGCAACGCGACGCUCGUCCAAUGGGUCGUUCAAUCAAGGUUGGGUGGGAAGCUAUGAAACUGGCGGACCGACCGAGGGACCUUUGAGCGAUGCUUCGAACAUUGGUUCUCCGCGAGUCACUCCCUCUCUUCUCAAGCAACAUCUUGAUCAAUUCGUAGUGGGUCAGGAUCGCGCAAAGCGCACACUCGCUACCGCUGUCUUCAACCAUUACCAAAGAGUGCAGGAGCUUGAACGGCAAGACGAGGAAGCCGAUGAAAGGUUGGCCGCGGAGGAAAGGCGGCGGAUAAUACUACAUGAGUUUCCUGGACAACCGCAGUCCACCAUUUACGCCCACGCUCCUGGGUCUGAGAUACCGCAGGCGACAUCACAGCACGAGGGACAAGAUCAGACAUCGCCGCUACAGGACUCGACGCCUUUUACGAUUGAGAAAAGCAACAUUCUGUUGCUGGGACCCUCAGGUGUGGGAAAGACCUUGAUGGCCAAAACUCUCGCAAGAGUUUUGGAUGUUCCCUUCAGCAUGUCAGACUGCACACCAUUUACGCAGGCAGGAUAUAUCGGCGAAGACGCAGACGUGUGCGUGCAGCGCCUACUUGCAGCGGCAAACUAUGAUGUCACACGGGCGGAGCGCGGUAUCAUUUGUCUUGAUGAGAUUGACAAAAUCGCGACGGCAAGGGUGUCGCAUGGGAAGGACGUGAGUGGCGAGGGCGUUCAGCAAGCGUUGUUGAAGAUCAUCGAGGGUACUACCUUGCAAAUACAGGCAAAGCAAGAGCGUGGAAGCACAUCGGCUAGCGACCGAUUGCGCGGAAUGGGUCCUGGAGCUCCUGGUAGCAAUCCCUUAUCUGGAGGCGGCGGCCUGGGUCAACAAGGAUCUAGUGGUGCCAAAGGUGAGAUCUACAACGUUCGGACGGACAACAUCCUCUUCAUUUGUGCGGGCGCCUUCAAUGGCUUGCAUAGAACAAUCCUGGAUCGAUUAAGCAAAGGCAGCAUUGGCUUUGGAGCACAAGUCCGCGCCUCGCCUGGUUCCUCGGGAUCACCUUCAGAUGAGCACGAGACGGUCUUGAUCGACGAAGACGAACUUUUCGAGAAGAACGUUCCCUUUUUCACCGCCCCUCCAGCAACACAUGAGCCAUCAUCCUCCCCGCCCUCUUCAUCACCGCCGACCAACGACACCACCGCUACUGCUCCUCUUCCUCCCCCCCGCAGAAAAUACAACACCCUCGAUCUCGUCGAACCGCAAGACCUCCAGAAGUUCGGCCUCAUCCCCGAACUCGUCGGCCGCAUCCCUAUCUCGUGCGCGCUGUCCUCCCUGGACGUGGCUUCAUUAGUCAAAGUCCUCACCGAGCCCCGGAACAGCCUAGUGCGGCAGUACAUGCAGCUGUUCGCGCUAUCCAGCAUCGAGCUGCGCUUCACUACACCCGCACUCCACGCCAUCGCCGGCAAAGCAGCCACGAUGGGCACAAGCGCCCGCGGCCUGCGCACCGUGCUCGAACGGCUCCUCCAGGACGCCAUGUUUGAAACUCCCGGGUCGAAGACCAAAUACGUCUUGAUUAAUGAGGCGGUGGCUGGGCGGAAAAGUGCGCCUUUGUAUUUUGUUCGGGGCAAUUCCGCGGCGUUUUAUAAGCUGAUCGCGGAUGAGGAGGCGGAAUGGGAAGCGCAGAGGCAGCCAGCUGAGGACGAGAGCAGGGAGGAUCAGGUGAACGCUGAGCCCGGCGAAUCGAGGACUUUUGAGGAGUAUCGGGUAAAAGCGACUGCUGUUGGCAAUGCCUAGACACGAUUCGUGCCUUGUAUCCACCUGGUUGUGCGACGACGAUAUAUUAACGAUGAAUGCUAUGGACUCUUCACGAUACACAUGACUAUAUAAAAUGUACACUUAUCUUCAUGAUGCGAUCU